CUCUCGCUCGUCCAUCUCAAUAGUUCUCCAAUCUUCACUCCCUCAUUUUUCCCUAUUUCCUAUUUCUAUUGCGAGUGUUCAUCUCUGCAAUGCUCUCCUGACAUCCGUUGAUGUCUCACCCCACCAAACGCUUUGCCACCAGCGCUUCCACCACCGGCCCCUCCUCCUCCUCUUCCUCCUCCGGCGACGGCGCCGCCCCUUCUCCCUUCGCUGCUCCACCCAUGAAGAAAGCCAAGUCCCAGGCCGUUGCCGGUUCCCUCGACUCCACUACCGCCCACAAGAAUGGCCUCCACCCACAUCCUGCCAAGCAGCAGUCGCAGCAGCCAGGAUUCGAUCCCGAGAGCGAUGUCGUCUUUGAUCCUGCGACCAUGUCUCUUGAAGACGGCAUGAAGUCGGACGACAUGGUGGCAGGGCACAGCGUCGCCGCCAAUUUGUCUCGAAAGAAGGCUACGCCUCCGCAGCCUGCCAAGAAGCUCGUUAUCAAGCUUUUAAAAGCCAAGCCGACACUUCCCACAAAUUUUGAAGAGGAUACAUGGGCAAAGCUCAAAGCAGCUAUAAAUGCAAUAUUCUUAAAGCAACCUGUUUCCUGUAGUUUGGAGGAUUAUUAUCAGGCUGUCAACGACCUCUGCCUACACAAAUUGGGGGGAAAUCUUUAUCAACGAAUUGAGAAAGAGUGUGAAACACAUAUUUCAGCGGUGCUGCAGACUCUCGUCGGCCAGAGCCCAGAUUUGGCAGUUUUUUUAUCACUUGUUGAGAGAUGCUGGCAGGAUUUCUGUGACCAGAUGCUGAUGAUUCGCGGCAUAGCCUUAUAUUUGGAUAGAACCUACGUGAAGCAAAACCCAAAUGUUCGGUCGUUAUGGGACAUGGGGUUGCAACUUUUCCGAAAGCAUCUUCAUUUGUCAGUGGAAGUUGAGCAUAAAACUGUCACCGGUCUCUUAAGAAUGAUUGAAAGGGAAAGGUUGGGUGAAGCAGUUGAUCGGACACUUCUUAAUCAUCUUCUGAAGAUGUUUACAGCUCUAGGAAUUUAUGCAGAAAGUUUUGAGAAGCCAUUCCUUGAGUGCACAUCCGAAUUUUAUGCGGCUGAAGGCAUGAAGUACAUGCAGCAGUCAGAUGUUCCAGACUACAUGAAACAUGUGGAGGUUAGGUUGCAUGAAGAACAUGAGAGGUGCUUGCUCUACCUUGAUGCUAGUACAAGGAAGCCUCUAAUUGCUACUGCAGAAAGGCAACUUCUAGAACGACAUAUACCUGCUAUUCUUGAUAAGGGAUUCAUGAUGCUGAUGGAUGGAAAUCGUAUUGAGGACCUUCAGAGAAUGUACCAAUUGUUUGCAAGGGUAAACGCCUUGGAGUCAUUAAGACAAGCACUUAGCUUGUACAUACGGCAAACUGGUCAGGGUAUUGUCAUGGAUGAAGAAAAAGAUAAGGACAUGGUGCCGUCUCUUUUGGAGUUUAAGGCUUCUCUAGAUGCAAUAUGGGAGGACAGUUUUUCGAAGAAUGAAAUGUUUUGCAACACUGUCAAGGAUUCAUUUGAGCAUCUAAUCAAUCUUCGUCAGAACCGACCAGCUGAGUUAAUUGCGAAGUUUCUUGAUGAAAAGUUGCGUGCUGGUAAUAAAGGAACCUCAGAAGAGGAAUUGGAGAGUAUACUUGAUAAAGUUCUGGUUUUGUUUAGGUUCAUCCAGGGAAAAGAUGUGUUUGAAGCAUUCUACAAGAAGGAUCUUGCAAAGAGACUGUUAUUGGGGAAGAGUGCUUCCAUUGACGCAGAAAAAUCCAUGAUCACAAAGCUGAAGACCGAGUGUGGUAGUCAGUUCACAAACAAACUUGAAGGAAUGUUCAAGGACAUUGAGUUAUCAAAAGAGAUAAAUGAAUCAUUCAAGCAAUCGUCACAAGCGAGGACAAAACUACCAUCAGGAAUUGAGAUGAGCGUCCAUGUGCUGACUACAGGGUACUGGCCCACUUAUCCACCAAUGGAUGUAAGGCUUCCUCAUGAAUUGAAUGUUUAUCAGGACAUAUUUAAGGAGUUUUACCUUAGCAAGUAUAGUGGGAGACGUCUAAUGUGGCAGAGUUCAUUAGGUCACUGUGUACUGAAGGCAGAUUUUCCGAAAGGGAGGAAAGAGCUGGCUGUUUCCCUAUUUCAGACAGUUGUCUUAAUGCUAUUUAACGAUGCUCAGAAGCUUAGUUUUCAAGAUAUAAGAGACUCUACAGGCAUUGAGGAUAAGGAACUGAGAAGAACUCUGCAAUCCCUUGCCUGUGGAAAAGUGAGAGUCCUUCAGAAGGUGCCCAAGGGCAGGGAUGUGGAGGAUGAUGAUUCUUUCGAGUUCAAUGAAGCUUUUAGUGCUCCUCUUUAUCGAAUAAAGGUUAAUGCUAUCCAAAUGAAGGAAACAGUGGAGGAGAACACAAGUACCACGGAAAGAGUAUUUCAGGACCGUCAAUAUCAGGUUGAUGCUGCCAUUGUUCGGAUAAUGAAGACAAGGAAAGUGCUUAGCCACACGCUUUUGAUAACUGAACUGUUUCAGCAGCUCAAAUUCCCUAUCAAGCCAGCUGAUCUGAAGAAAAGGAUCGAAAGCCUGAUUGACAGGGAAUACCUGGAGCGGGACAAGAACAAUCCUCAAAUAUACAAUUACUUGGCUUAGUCAAAUGUGCUAUUUUGACUCAGAAGAUGUCACUGUAUAUGACCAAUGACAUGAAAGUUAGGCUGCUCUUUUGGAUUUGGAAA